AUCAUGCUGAUUACAACUUUGUCUUUCGGUCUCUGUUACUUAUUUGUUUACGGGACAUUUUGUAAUGGCUUUGUCGGUAAUAAAGUUACGAAAUUUACAAAAUAUAAGUCGGUUAUAGAAGGGUAUAUAUGCCCAGCUGAUCACAUCAUUUUUGACUACGAAGAAAAUGUAAGUCUGGCGCGAUGUGCAUUGAAAUGUUCCAAAACGUCCAUGUGUUAUGGAGUGUUUCGCCAUAUAACUGGCAUGCGCUGUGUUGGCUGCCAGGACAGGUUUUUGACAAGUGAUACUGCACCAUUACUUAGCGGCACAGAAUAUUUCAGGCGACAGACGUACAAACUGGUUUUGAAAAGAAUGCCUUGGACAGAUGCUAAGAAUUAUUGCAACGAUCUUGGAGGAUAUUUGGCAAUCAUUACGUCACAAGAAGAGGAACAGUUCAUAGAGACAAGCGUCUUCUCCGCACAAAAUGGAAGUGUUUGGCUGGGAGCCACGACUGAUGCAAGUGCGAAAUUUUUUCUGUGGCAAGAUGGAAGCGCAGUAUCUGACGGUUACAUGAACUGGAAAGAUGGAGAACCGAUUCUGUACAAUCCUUCAAAUGACAAAGCUGAACAUUGUAUGCUUAUUCAUAAACAUACGUCGGGUGUGUGGAGAUGGAAGGCUAAGUCCUGUAGUUACAAAGUUAUCCCCUUAUGUGAAUUCGAUUGAUUUGUAUUUAUGUGUAUAUCAUGCUUUGUUAUUGCAGCCCAAUUUGAAAUGUUUUACUAUUAUGCACCCAGAAACAUUUUAGUGCAUGGAGUUGCCACCCCCUCUCCCCCUCCCAACUCCCCCUCCCUUUAUUUGCCGGUCAGUGCGCCUGUCCUUACUGAAGACUUUUUCCAGAUUACUCCUUUUACACUUUCAAGGAACUUGUCCCAAGGUUACAGAAAUAGAUCACUUAUAAAGAAACUUGCCCGCAUUUGGCAGGACAUAGAUGAGCGUUGUCCGUUUUAUUGCCCUUUUGUGUAAUGCUGUGCAUUGCGCAGUACUAAUACAAGCCUUGUCCGGAUAACUCCUUUUGAAAUUUUCAACAUUUUCUGUCAAGUCUUAUAGAUACAUAUCACUAUGAAUGUUCCUUAUCCUGUCCAGGAGUUAUAACCCUACGGAAUCUUACAGAAUGCUGCGCAUGCGUAUUGCGCAACACUCAGCUUUUUCGAAUUACUUCUCCUACAGAUUUUAACGAAUCUGGUCCAAACUUGAAGUCAUAACGCAUUUUGUCAGGGCACAAAUGUAACAUGACUGAUUCAGGGUUGUUUGUCCUUUCAUUUAUUAUCGCAUAAAAACGUAUUGCUCAGCCUUUUCAAUAAGCUUGUUUAAGUGUCUUCAAACGAUAUAUAUAUAUCCGACACUGUAAAACCAUUUAAUGCCGUGGGUACAAAAUGUGGUUUUAGCCAAAACAGCUAUUUCAUGGAGAUAUAAAUUCGUGGGUUUCUAGAUUUGAACAUUUAUGAAUGGGAAUUUAAGCAGUUCGUUUGGGGUUAGAAUUUGUGGAUUGAAAAUAAUAUCUUAAUAUCUUAAACAUCAUUGGGAAGCAUACAAUGCAAUCAUGCAAAAUUAUAGCAGACCCGAUUUGAUUGAGCCUGCUAAUGAGAGGGAAUGAAAAUUGCAAUACCUCUCAUUCUCUCUAGCGCCGGUUUAAGUGGAAUUCUGUUACACAGGUACUGAAUGACUCCAUGAUCCGGGAGAAUUUGAAGAUCUAUAAACACUGUUUUAUGGUCACCACACGGCACUUAAAGACUGCUGUUUUGAUAGUUAAUAAAUCUUAAACAAGAUCCUAUGGAAGUACAGAACACUACCAAACAAAUUUAUAGCAGACUCGAUUUGAUUCAGUUCCUGAGAGGUAAUGAAAAUUGCAACACCCCUCAUGCCCUGUAGCCCAGGCUUCAGUUGAAGUCUGUUUCACAGAUAUUGAAUGACUCCACGUCCCCAAAGAAUCAGAAAAAUGUAUUAAUACUAAACCCACGUAAGGGGAGACAUUAAACGGCCACCACAAGGAACUUAAAGGAUGCUAUUGUUAUAGCUAUAAACAUCUAUAACAAGAUCUUUUCGAAGUAUAAAACGCGACAAAGCGUAAUAAUAACAGGUUCAAUUUGACUGAGUCUG